AUGAAGUUCACCAUCGCCUCCACCCUGGUCGCCACGACCUCCCUCCUCUCCGUCGCCAACGCGCAAUUCUCCCUCCCCAACAUCCCCGAAACCUGUCUCGAGAUCCCCCAGGUCCUCGGCAACAAGCCCCUCCAGCUCCUCUCCUACUUCCACAAGGAAGUCUGCGAGAAGAACUGCACCGCCACCAUCAACCAGCACAACCAGUACCUCCAGCAGUCCGUGUUCCCCCAGAUCAUGAAGGACCUGGACCAGAAGCUGGACAUUUCCGCCAGCGAGCAGGCCUCGUUCCAGAAGAUCCAGACCCAGGUCGAAGCGGCCAUCAAGAAGGACUGCGUCGCCGAGGGCAACAAGCAGCUGUGCAAUGACCUGGAGGGUCUGGCUGAUUAUGGUCUCUGUGUGCUCAAGGCCACCGAGCCCAUCAUCAAGCAGAACAUUGGCCAGUUGAAGAGCUCGGUUAACAUUACCGAUGCCGACUGCGCUAAGAUCAAGUCGAUUGAUUCCGAUGCGACCGUGUGGCAGAAGACUCUGCCCGCGUAUGUCGACAAGUUUGCCCAGAUCUGCGAGAGUGAGAAGAACUAG